AUGGACGAUAUCAGUUCACAGGAGCAAGCCGUCGCCGUUCUCAAAAAGACCAUGGAAUCUCAAAACUUGCCACAUUUGCUUUUCUAUGGACCUCCAGGAACAGGAAAGACAUCGACCAUUCUCGCCCUUGCCAGAGACAUCUACGGACCAGAGAUGAUCGGAUCGCGCGUUCUUGAACUCAACGCAUCAGACGAGCGUGGUAUUCAGGUCAUUCGUGAAAAAGUCAAGAACUUCGCUCGCUCCACCGUCUCUCACAACAUCGGAACCCAGAGUUGCCCACCAUACAAGAUCAUCAUUCUGGACGAGGCAGAUUCAAUGACAGCAGACGCCCAGUCUGCACUUCGCCGAACCAUGGAGACAUACUCCAAAUUGACCCGUUUCUGUUUAAUCUGCAACUAUGUGACCCGCAUCAUCGAACCCUUGGCCUCGCGUUGUGCAAAGUUCCGGUUCAGACCUUUGGAGGAAAAGCACAGCAGGGAGCGUCUGGAGAUGAUCUGUCGCCAGGAGGAAGUCAAGAUCUCACCUGAGGCCAUUUUGAGUCUUAUUCGGGUAUCUGAGGGUGAUCUGCGGAAAGCUAUUAUGUAUCUCCAGAGCGCCUCUCGGCUUAUGGGCAAGGAUACCGAGAUUGGCGAGGAUGUCAUUGCUGAUAUUGCUGGUACGGUACCAGAAUCUGUGAUUGAUGGACUGGAGGGAUGCUGGUUGAGCAAGGAGUACAAGACGAUUGCAGCCGAGGUACAGAACGUUAUCGCGGACGGACAUUCGGCGUCCAAGGUGCUUUCGCAGUUGCAUUCUAGGCUUUUGAAGAACGAGCAUCUGAGCCCGUUGCAGAAGGCUAAAGUCGCCGAGAUCUUUGGAGACACGGACAAGUGUCUGUGUGAUGGAGCCGAUGAGCAGUUACAGCUCCUUAGUAUGAUGACCCGUGUCUCUUCUAUUGCUGCUUGA